AGUCCCUUGUACUUUUCGUUGUAUUACACCCUCGGGUUACUUACUAACGUUUGUCCGAUUUCUAUUUUAGACCUUCAGUUUACUUUCACACCUUCUCUUUAGAUUUUCACUCAUCUGUCAACUUUCUAUCUUAUAGCGCAAUGAGAGAAAUUAUUCAUUUACAAGCUGGUCAAUGCGGUAAUCAGAUUGGUCAAAAGUUCUGGGAAACUAUUUCCGAAGAACAUGGUAUAGAUACCAAUGGUAAUUACUGCGGUAAUGAAGACUUACAAUUGGAACGUAUCAACGUUUUUUAUAACGAAGGAUCUCAAGGAAAAUAUGUCCCAAGAGCUGUCCUCGUUGAUUUAGAGCCUGCUACUAUGGAUAGUAUCCGUGCUAGUCGUUAUGGUAAAAUCUUCAGACCCGAUAACUUUGUCAAUGCUCAGUCUGGCGCCGGCAAUUCUUGGGCAAAAGGUUAUUACACAGAGGGUGCAGAAUUAGUCGAGACAAUUAUGGAUGUCGUUCGUAAAGAAGCCGAGAAUACAGAUUGCCUUCAAGGUUUCCAGUUGGCUCAUUCAUUAGGUGGUGGUACUGGUUCUGGUCUCGGUUCUCUCUUGUUAUCCAAGAUUCGUGAAGAAUAUCCUGAUCGUAUCUUAUCUACCUACUCCGUUGUUCCUUCUCCUAAAGUAUCUGACACUGUUGUUGAGCCCUACAAUGCUGUAUUAUCUGUUCAUCAAUUGGUUGAAAAUUGUGAUGCCACUUUCUGUAUUGAUAACGAAGCUUUGUAUGACAUCUGUUUCCGUACUCUCAAAUUGAAGAAUCCUGGAUACGGUGAUUUGAACCAGCUUGUUUCUGCUGUUAUGUCAGGUGUCUCUACAAGUUUGCGUUUCCCUGGUCAGCUAAACAGUGAUUUGCGUAAACUCUGUGUUAAUAUGGUUCCUUUCCCUCGUCUUCAUUUCUUCAUGGUUGGUGUCGCACCCUUGACCGCUUUCGGCUCCCAACAAUACCGCAACUUGAGUGUUAGUGAGCUUACUUCUCAAAUGUUUGAUGCUCGUAAUAUGAUGGCUGCAUCAGACCCUCGUCAUGGUCGCUACUUGACCGCUGCUACCAUUUUCCGUGGUCGCCUAUCUACAAAGGAAGUUGAAAACCAAAUGUUGGCUGUUCAGCAAAAGAACUCUAGUUACUUUGUGGAAUGGAUUCCUAACAGUGUCAAGACUUCUCUUUGCGAUAUCCCUCCCGUAGGUCAAAAGAUGUCUGGUACUUUCAUCGGUAAUAGCACUGCUAUUCAAGAUUUGUUCAAACGUGUCAACGAACAAUUCACAGCUAUGUUCAGAAGAAAGGCUUUCUUACAUUGGUAUACUGGCGAAGGUAUGGAUGAAAUGGAAUUUACUGAAGCUGAAUCCAACAUGAACGAUCUUGUAUCCGAAUACCAACAAUACCAAGAAGCUUCUAUCGAAGAAGAAGCAUAUCCAGAAGGUGACGAAUACAUGGAAGAAGAUCUGGGAGAAGGAGAAGUGAUGGAAGAGUAAAGUUAAUAAAAUAAUCAUAUAUACACAAAGCAAUGCAAGCAUAUUUCGAUACUAAAAUAACCACCAAAUUGAGAUGAAUAUCCCACCCAAAAAAUCUCACUGAUAAUUAGUGAUAAUAAUAAAAUAAUACUUUAUUGUUUUAAA